AUGGCACGCGGCACAAGGUGCCGCAGUCGUGGCGUCGGGGCUGGGGGGAAGAGGCGGUCGGCUGAGGAGCAGCCCGAGCUCGGGCCCCGGUGGCGGCAGCACUACACGUGCACCGAGAGCCAGAGCUGCAAGAUCGACAAGACCCAGCGCAAGCGCUGCCCCUACUGCCGCUUCCAGAAGUGCCUCAGCGUGGGCAUGCGGCUGGAAGCUGUGCGUGCAGACCGGAUGCGAGGAGGAAGAAACAAGUUCGGGCCCAUGUACAAGCGAGACCGGGCCUUGAAGCAGCAGAAGAAGGCUCUGAUCCGCGCCAACGGCUUUAAGCUGGAGACUGUGCCUCAGAUUGUGUCCCCCGUGCAAAGUGACUACAACCUGUCCUCCACCAUCCACAGCCUCCACGCUGCGGCCAAGACCCUGCCCCCCAACCCGGCCGCCCUCACACCCGUCGACUACGACCGGAGCCCCUACGGGACCCCGUCCCUGGGCGUGACUGUGCCGAGCCACGGGGCGCUGUCCGGCUACCACUACCCCUCCUUCCCCAACCGCACCAUCAAGUCUGAGUACCCGGACCCCUACACAAAUUCCCACGAGUCAGUGGCCGGCUACGUGUACCCCGAUGCCUACCCCAACAGCUCCCCGCCCGACAUCCCCGAGGUCAUCCUCAAGCUGCUGCAGCUGGAGCCUGACGAGCCCCAGGUGAAGGCUCGGAUACUAGCCUGCUUGCAGCAGGAGCAGGGCAAGGGCCGGCACGAGAAGCUCAGCACCUUCGGCCUCAUGUGCAAGAUGGCAGACCAGACCCUCUUCUCCAUCGUGGAGUGGGCGCGGAGCUGCAUCUUCUUCAAGGAGCUGGAGGUGGGCGACCAGAUGAAGCUGCUGCAAAACUGCUGGAGCGAGCUGCUGGUGUUCGACCACAUCUACAGGCAGGUGCAGCACGGCAAGGAGCACAGCCUGCUGCUCGUCACCGGCCAGGAGGUGGACAUGUCGACCUUGGCGGUGCAAGCGGGCUCCAUCCUGAACAACCUGGUCCUGCGUGCCCAGGAGCUCGUCCUGCAUAUGCACUCCCUCCAGGUUGACCGGCAGGAGUUUGUCUGCCUCAAGUUCCUGAUACUCUUCAGUCUCGAUGUGAAAUACCUGGAGAACCACAGCCUGGCCAAGGACGCGCAGGAGAAGGCCAACGCGGCGCUGCUGGAGUACACCGUGUGCCACUACCCGCACGCCACGGACAAGUUCCGGCAGCUCCUGCUGCGGCUGGCCGAGAUCCGGGCCCUGAGCAUGCAGGCCGAGGAGUACCUGUACCACAAGCACCUGAGUGGGGAGGUGCCCUGCAACAACCUCCUCAUCGAAAUGCUCCACGCCAAGCGGACUUGAGCGCAGCCUCCAGGCAACAGACUGCAGCGGUGGCGCCCGCUGCGGGCACCGAGGGCUGGCCGGCCCCGUGCCCCAGCUUUGCUAUUGAAACUGGACUCUUGGGAAGUUUCAGAGGAUUUAUUUUAAUAUACAGGAACUCUGGUUUCACAGCUCUGUCACCACCCUGCCCUGUCCUGCGUGGGCUGACCCGCCAAAGACCUGCCUCUCACCUGGCAGCAAGCUCCCCUCCCAGCCACUGGCUUCACCCGCAGGGGGGAAGGGCGGGGGGCACCCACCCUUCGCUAUGGCUUGUCUCUUAUUUAUGUUCCUUUCAAGCUGCCUUUUCUUAGCAGGGACCUUCCCCCAGCCCCUCUGCCCGCUAAUGUGAAGCGUCUUGGGGAUGCCUCCUCCCACGGCGAGGGAACGAGGGGAAGGGCUCCAUGGCCAGCUUGCCUCCUCGGAGAUGGCUCCCGGCUCUGCUCAGUGGGGUGGAGCAUUUGGGGAGCAAGAAGUCAGGGCUGGGGGUCGGCAGCAGGAGGGUGAUAGUGGCAAAGGGUGCUGUGCGGGGAGCUGGCCAUCCAGCACGAGCAUCCUGCCCCUGCCCUCUGUUUGGGAGGGAGUGGACAGCCAGGCUCGCCUCCACCAGUGGGGUCUGCACGGCAGCUGUCCCUCUCCGCCGGGGUGACCCUGCCCUGCCACCAUGGUGCCACGGCAGUGUGGCUGUGCAAGCCUGCCAGCCCAUGGGUGCUGCUUGGGGGUGGGCAGGUCUUGCCCCAGAGUAAAUGGGAAAAGGCUGGAGGUGGGGAGGGGUGAGCAAGCAACGGGAUGACAGGUGGGGCAGUGUCAGCACUUAGAUAACACAUGGGCUCUGCCUCUGGGCAAGCUUGGCCUGAUGUGCCAGAGCAGGGUGCUCUCCUCCCCAAGGAGCCGAUCCUGCUUGGUUAGCACGCCAAG